AUGGCGAUGAACUCGGAGCGCGCAGCACUCCUCUGCAUGCUGCUAUGUGCGGCACUCUUCAUUGCCCAUGGCGCGUCUGCCUCAUCGUUCCUCCCACACGACGCUGGAGCGAUUGCUGCGUCUGCCACUGCUGCCACCUCUACUCUUCACCCCAGGCGUCAGCUGUUAAAAGGAAAAAUAAUAGCGAGAUUCGGCGCCGUCUUGCGUCCCACGUGGCACCAGGGGAAAGUGAUCGGCGACAAAGGGGCUUCGGGGAGAGUUGUUGUGAAGGCGGUGAGGUACUCUGAAGCAAGAUACACUGUUUUCCUGAAGAUAUUUAUUUUCGCCAUUAAGUCAAGAGGAAAAAAUCCCAUGACUACUCCUGCAUCAACUUGCACAAGUGGCACCCCUUCUUACAUGAAUAUUCCUGAAGAUAAAUGGUUGAAUAUAACGACCCGGAGAGGUGGUAGUAACAAGCGUUACAGCUUCAAAAUGGCGGCCACCUCGCCCACCACGGUGGAGAGUGCUGCAAUCGAGGAUGCGAGAUUAAUUACUGGCGGAGGGAAGUACUUUCUUGUAGGGCACGAAGGGAAGAAGUAUGCGCUUUGCGGGAAGUAUGUUAGGCGCAAGUAA